UGUUUUGGAGACAGAAACAGACUCCGUUGGUGAUCACGAAAUUUCCUCUGAAUGUUGCAGCAGUUAUAUUGAUGAAGAAGAGAAUGCGUGUGACACUGUAUUUCUUUCUUCCUCAGUGCCCGUUGCGUUGGCCUGUGGAUAUUGCUGAUUCGAAUAACAGUCACCAAGUUUCAAAUUUGAGCAAAUGUACGAAGAAGAUUGACAAAAAAGUGGACAAGAAUGACUUUGAUAUUCCUGACUUUUUUGUCAGCUCUAUUAGGUAUGCAAUAUCUUGGAAGAAACUUCAGGAAUGGCAUAUUCAGUUGGGAACACAACUAAACAGGUUGUGGGAGAGUCAAAACUUCCCAUAUCUUUAAAGUGGACCUUGAGAGCUUAUUGUCAAAGCCAAGAAACGCGACAAACUUUAACGUCUACAAAUGAGUUGGAUUUGCAUCACUUUCUCAGAGUUUCACAAACUUUACCAGCAACUGUAAACGACAACGUUGUUUUGACAGGAAUUGCUGGAAACGACAAUACUGAUCAAGUUGUCAAUCGUAACAAAACUGUUGAUGAUAAAGAAGUGAAGGGCUUGCUGACACAGUCGGAUUUGUCACAACUUUACAGGCUGUACUGUUUCCAUACUCGAACAAGAGCUUUAAACGACAUUGUUGUUUCAACAGAAAGUACUCGAAAUGACAGUACUUGUCAAGUUGCCAAGAGCUUGCCGACAGAGUUGACAGUGGAGCACAUGCCAUCAUCUACUAUUCAAGGUUUUUGUAUUUCUACUUCAUCUGUCAUUUCUUCAUCGUUACUGCCUUUUGGCAUUAAUGUUGACAGCUUGACUGAAGAAGAGUCGGCAUCAUUAGUGUCAAACAAGCAGUUGCCAUGUGAACAUGAUGAGUGUUUGUUAUCAGAAUUUUUAGCAAUUGCUACUGACCAAGUACCUUUAUUACGGGAGUCAUCAUUAAAUGUUGCUAGAUUAACUGAAAGAGAGUUUGCACCAUCAGUAUCAAACAACAAGUUGUCAUGUGAAAAUGAUAAACCUUUGUCAGAACCUUCCUUAGCUACUACUGAUCAAGCUAAGUUAUUGGAUCGAGCAUCACUGGAUGUAUUAUCUCAUUCUCAGUGUAAUGAAAGCCAUUCAUCAUCACUGGAUAGAUCACAUGAUGAAGUGCAAGUGUUAGACUAUAGUUAUCAGGACUUGAAGACAGCAACUAGAAAUUUUAACAACAAGAGAUGUUCAGAUGGAGGUUGCUUAUUGGGAUCAGGUGGCUUUGCAGAUGUCUUUCUUGGUCAUGUUAAUAACUCUCAAGGUCAAAUGAUAGAUGUGGCAAUUAAGAAGUUUAGAUCGACAACUAAGAAGGGUGAAUCGUCUAAAACUGCAAGGGACAGGUCAGCUAGACAUUUUGAAACUGAGCGUGUUGCACUGGCAAGAUUUCAUCACCCUAACGUUGUGAAACUUCUUGGUCAAUCGUGUGAUGGUCCAGAAUUGUGUCUUGUUUAUGAAUACAUUUGUAAUGGCUCUCUGGCUGACGCACUUUUUUCACAAAACAAUCCAAAUCCUAUGCAUGCAGGAGUUUGCAUUUCCAUUCUUCGGGACACAGCAAGAGCUCUAGAUGAUCUUCACAGCAGCUCUCCAAUACGUAUUCAUCGAGACGUAAAAUGUGCCAACAUCCUUAUUACCAAACAGUAUGUAGCUAAAUUGGCUGACUUUGGCUUGUCAAGUAUAAAGGGUAGUGGAUUGAGUUCAAGUAACUCUUAUGAUGGAUCAUAUGCGUGUGGCACUGAAUGCUAUAUGGCCCCUGAAGCACACAAAAAGAGAGUAUCUUCAAAAGUUGACAUGUAUGCAUUGGGAGUGGUCAUCUAUGAAACAGUCACUGGUAGGUCUUGUUCCAAGUAUGAAAAGGCAAAAGAAUUUUUGAUCGUAUUGAGAGAUAUGCUGCAAACACACAGUCCUCAAGAUUUUAUUCGUCAAGUUAAACAUAUAAUGGACUCUCGUGCACAGUGGAAUGUUUUUGUUGCUGGUGACCUGAUCAGGUUUGCCGUACGGUGUACCAAUGAUAACAGUAGUUUGAGGCCAAGUGCCUCAGAGGUUUUGAGGUUUCUGGAAAUGAUUUUGAGAGUCCAUUCUGAUGUGCAGAAAUGAUUGGUUUGUUGUAUGAUGAGAAGACACUAUGCUGGGAAGUUUGAGCUUGUAUUGCUCACAAAUGUAGCUCGUGCUCUCAAGCAUCUCGAUGGACUCUAAAUUUGACCAUCAUUCAUCCACAGAUGUCAAGAGUUCAAAUGUUCUCAGCGAUGAUUGGAAUCCCAGAUUGGCUGAUUUUGGACCUUGUGGUAGAGCAGAGAGCACUGAAUCAACAUCUUGUAAUUGCUACCUCUGCCGUUGGUAUACCAAGUUGUACACAGCACCAGUAGCAUUCAAACAUCACGUGUCUCCUAAAGUGUACAUAUCUUCAUUUGAGAUGGUUACAGUAUACUGCCCCAUCAUUUUAGAUCAACGUACCACACUUUCUUGUUACUCAUUAGAUUAAUUGUCUACAUCAUUGACUACUGACUCCUCCCUGAGCUAGUGGGUGGUAUCUGGCCCCACUUAAUUGCACUGCUUCCUUAUUCUUCUAGCAGCCAAGAGCUGGAAGUAUCUGGAUGAUUACAUAGUUGUU